CAAAAAUCAACGGCCCAUCGGGCAGAAGGCUGAGUUGUAGUUGUCGUUGUUGCCUGUUCUUAAGGCAGUCAAAUCACACUGCGUCAGGUGCUUCACCGGCGCAACAACAACUAUUGUCUCCCGCUCUCUGCGCUGGCAGUCUCUCUUUCUCUGCCUGUGCUUUUCAGGUCAGCCUGAACACGGCCGUCUGGGAUAUCGUCAUCGUCGAAGGAUAAAUAGACAAACAGUUUUCCUGUUCCACCAAGGGAAGUGGUGGGUUGAAAUCAAGAUGUCGAUCAAUCCCUGGCUCUCUAAACACAAAAAUGCUAAAGUAGUCGGUGAACAGCUGGGUCAUGCUGCAUGACCAGGAGGGGUUCAUCCCCCUCCCUAACGAACGAUUCAUAUACAAGUCGCCGUCUCGCACAAGUCUCUCCUUGCAACCGCUCAGCUCAUACACAGGCAAGGACCCCUUUUCAGUUCAGUGUAGCGCAGGUUGUGUCCAUCUCACGAAUCAGAGGGUGAUUUACCUUCCUGCCCAGAAGACUGAGCAGUUCCAGUCAUUCUCGGCCCCGCUCCUCAACAUCCACGAUUCGCAUGUCUCUGCCCCCUUUUUCGGACCCAACGUAUGGACGGCCGUCAUCCAACCCGUCCCCGGUGGUGGAAUCCCUGCCACAUUGCCUGCCAUUCAGUUAAAAUUGACCUUCAAAGAGGGCGGCGCCUUUGACUAUCACACCAACUUCGAGAGGAUUAAAGAACGCCUUCUGCAGGCGGUUGAAACUUCACGAGAGGGCGGACUCCGGACAGUCGAUCUUUCUACGGUCGAUCUUGAGGAACUACCUGCUUAUGAAGGUCCGGCAAACGGGACGACAUAUACUAGUCAGAUCCAUCCGGAUGCGGGUUCGGAGGCAUGUCCGUAUAAUGGACCCCCUCCUGGGGCAGAGACUGAACCGCUAGAUCCGCCACCAGGCUAUGAGGAAGUUCAACAGCAGAGUGUGGCUACGGAAUUGGAAGAAAGACUGCGCCGUUCCAGCUGACGCGGACAAGGCCAGCAGGCCUGUCGUGAUAACUAAAGUUGCUAGUGACUAGAAUGUCUCCUGUGACGCUCCCCGUUCAUCUGCGAUUUGCUUCUGUGCUAUUUCCCCCGAAAAGAACGCCGGUUGGAAUGGGAGACUGCAAUCCGAUUCGUGUACAUACUUAAUGGCCGAUAUGCUAGCGGACACCGGGUCAGCUCAGACUGAACUCCUGUGGUUUAAUAAUUAAAUCC